AUGAAGUUGUCAAUCCUCGGUUCAUUAGCUGCUUUGGCUUCAAUUGCUUCAGCGGUUCCUGUUAUCAGUCAAGAGACUCAAAGUCAAUUGGAAGCUAGUUUGGAGCAACAAUAUGCUUAUACCAACUAUAAACCAAAAUUCACCCAUCAAUUGAAUCAAAUCACUCUUUAUAAUGGUACAAAUUCAACUAAAUGUGAAAGAUGUCUUAAAAGAUUAGAACUAGGUAAAACAUUAGCCCUUACUAAACCUGAACUAGUUGCACCAGUAUUUACACAAUGGUGUUUGGAUACCAAAUUCAGUGCUGCUGUUAAAUGUCAUACAACGUUUGGUAGAAUGACCACAGUUAAUGAUACUUCAGGUACAAAUUUUGCUCAUUUAUUACAAUUAAUGGAUCCAGCAGGUUAUGAUGGUCAAUUGUUUUGUCAUUUCCAACAUGGUAAAGCCUGUAAGAUGCCUGAAACUCCAGAAAUUGAUAUGUCUUCUUAUUGGCCUGCAAAAGAACCAAAACAUGAAGUUGCUCCAACACCAGGUGAUGAAACAUAUAACGUUUUACAUGUUUCUGAUUUCCAUAUUCAAACAGAGUAUAAGAUCGGUUCUGAAGCUAACUGUUCUCAAUACAUGUGUUGUACUGACAACAAUUUUAACAAAAACAAAUUACCAGAAGGUUUCAAUUCCACUGCUAAUUUCACUAGUGAAGAAAUUGCUAACUUGUCUUACUAUGAAGCAUGGUAUGAUGAAGAAUUGAAUUUGGUUAAAGGUGCUGAAAUUGACGUCUUUGCUAAUGAAUCAAUUUGGACCCCAGCAUACACAUUUGGUCAUUAUAAAUGUGAUUCCCCAGAAGUUUUAGUUAACAAUUCUUUGAAAUCAAUUGCUGAAUAUCAAGAAGAACUAGGUUUAGAUUUCACUUUCUCAAUUUUUACCGGUGACUUGGUUGAUCAUGCUGAAACUGAAGUUAUCGACUUGAACAAAACUAUCAAAUCCGAAGAAUUAGUCUUCAGAGACGUUAAGGCUAUUUUGAAAGAUUUACCAAUGUAUGCUGUUUUAGGUAACCAUGAUACUUUCCCAUAUGCACAAAUGGCACAAAAGAAAUCGGGUUUUGGUAAUUUAUUUGAUUGGAAUGCUGAAUUGAUGGCUGACUUGUGGGAAGAUUACAAUUGGAUCAAUUCUACACAAGCUAGAUACGCUAGAGAACAUUAUGCUGGUUUUGCAGUUACUACUAAAGAUAAUUUGAAAGUCAUUUCAUUGAACUCUAAUACUUGGUAUCAAUCUAAUUUAUACUCAUAUUGGAAUGCCACUGAUGUUGACUCAUAUGGUCAAUUUCAAUUCUUGAUUGAUGAAUUGAUUGAAAGUGAAAAAAAUGAUCAAAGAGUGUGGAUUAUUGCACAUAUUCCAACUAAUGCUGAAGCUUUACCAGUCCCAUCUGAAGUCUAUAAGCAAAUUGUCACCAGAUUUUCUCCAUAUACUAUUGCUGGUAUCUUUUAUGGUCAUACCCAUGCUGAUCAAUUUAACGUCCUUUACAAAUCAGAUGAUAUCUCCAACAAGGAUGAAGGUGACGCUAUUCAAAACACCUGGAUCUCACAAGCUAUUACACCAUUAACUGAAAACAAUCCAUCAUGGAGAUAUUAUAGUGUUGACAAAAAAACUCAUUCAAUCAUGAAUGCAUACAAUUAUUAUUCCCGCUUGAAUGAAACUUUCACCAACAACUCAGAAGAACCUGUUUGGGACUUUGAAUAUAGCUCAAGAGACGCUUAUGGUAUUGAUUGGCCAGAAACUUCACCAUUGAAUGCUACAUAUUGGCACAGAGUUUCUGAAAAGAUUCAUCAAGAUAACGAUACAAGACAAACUUAUAUCAAUUUCAUGAGAAGAUUAUCACCAUAUACCCCAGUCUGUACUGAAUCAGAUGAAUGUGAUAACACAUAUUGUUAUGUUUCAAAUUUUGCUUUUGAAGAUUAUCAAGCUUGUAAAAAGGCUUUCAAAAUCAAAUGAUGAUCAAAGGCUGGCUCCUCUAAACUUCUUUUCUUGCUUCACAUUCGUAAAAGA